UUCUCUGACUCCACGGGUAAUUGGGAGGAAGUUCCGGAGAGCCGCUGCGCGCAAACGCGACACGCCAACCUUGCGCCAGCGCGCCGCAAGUGCGCAGGCGCCGCCGCUCUGCUGCUCUUCCUAGUCCCUCUGCCUACAGCAGGCUGUCGGGUCCUAUGUCGCGCCGGGCCCUCCGGAGGCUGAGGGGGGAACAGCGCGGCCAGGAACCCCUAGGGCCCGACGCCUUGCAGUUUGUCCUCCUUGAUGACGAUGACGCGGAGGAAGAGGGACCAAAACAAGGGUUGGGUGGCCGGCGCCCCGGGGGCGCAGGGAAGGAAGGCGUCCGUGUCAACAACCGGUUCGAGCUGAUAAACAUCGAAGAUCUUGAGGAUGACCUUGUGGUAAAUGGGGAGAAGUCUGACUGUACCCUGCCAGACUCGGUGUCAUCAGGGAACAAAGGAAGGGCUCAGCGUGGAAACCCAGAGACGAAGCAAGAUGGGGAUGUGGCCAAGGCAGGGUUCCCAGAACAGUCUAAUGCAAGUGGCAAACUCCGAAAGAAGAAAAAGAAGCAGAAAAAUAAGAAAAGCUGCACAGGAGAAUCCUCGGAAAACGGGCUAGAAGAUAUUGAUCGCAUCUUAGAGAGGAUUGAAGACAGCAGUGGGGUCAGCCACCCAGGCCCCCCGCCACUGAAUUCCAGGAAGCACGUCCUCUAUGUGGAGCACAGACACUUGAACCCAGAUACAGAACUGAAAAGGUAUUUUGGUGCUCGAGCGGUCCUAGGAGAACAGAGGCCUCGACAAAGACAGCGUGUAUAUCCCAAGUGUACAUGGCUGACAACCCCUAAAAGCACUUGGCCCCGAUAUAGCAAACCAGGUCUGUCAAUGCGGCUGCUGGAAUCCAAGAAAGGCCUUUCUUUCUUUGCAUUUGAGCACAAUGAGGAGUACCAGCAAGCACAGCACAAGUUCCUGGUGGCUGUGGAGUCCAUGGAGCCAAACAACAUUGUGGUUCUGCUCCAGACAAGUCCCUAUCAUGUUGACUCACUUCUGCAGCUCAGUGACGCCUGCCGCUUUCAGGAGGAUCAAGAGAUGGCUCGAGACCUUAUAGAGAGAGCACUGUACAGCAUGGAGUGUGCAUUCCACCCCUUGUUCAACCUCACCAGUGGGACUUGCAGGCUGGAUUACCGCAGACCUGAGAACAGGAGCUUCUACCUGGCCCUCUACAAGCAGAUGAGUUUCUUGGAGAAGCGAGGAUGCCCACGUACUGCACUGGAGUACUGCAAGCUCAUCCUGAGCCUUGAGCCAGAUGAGGACCCCCUGUGCAUGCUGCUGCUUGUCGACCACCUGGCCUUACGGGCCCGGAACUAUGAGUACCUGAUCCGCCUCUUCCAGGAGUGGGAGGCUCAUCGGAACCUAUCCCAGCUCCCAAAUUUUGCCUUCUCAGUUCCAUUGGCAUAUUUCCUCAUGAGUCAGCAAACAGACUUACCUGAGCAUGAGCUCGCCUCUGCCAGGCAACAGGCUUCCCUCCUGAUACAGCAGGCACUCACCAUGUUCCCUGGAGCCCUUAUGCCAUUGCUGGAGUAUUGCAGUGUGCGGCCUGAUGCGACAGUCUCAGACCACCGCUUCUUUGGGCCAGAUGCUGAGAUAAGCCAGCCCCCUGCCCUGAGCCAGCUGGUGAGUCUGUACCUUGGGAGGUCACACUUUCUUUGGAAAGAACCCGCCAUUAUGAGCUGGCUGGAGGAAAACGUCCGUGAGGUUCUGCAAGCAGUGGAUGCUGGGGACCCUGCUGUGGAGGCCUGUGAGAAUAGGCGGAAGGUGCUGUACCAGCGUGCACCCAGAAACAUCCACCGCCAUGUGAUACUCUCUGAGAUCAAGGAGGCUGUUGCUGCCCUACCCUCGGAUGUGACCACACAGUCUGUGAUGGGGUUUGAUCCUCUGCCUCCCCUGGACACCAUCUACUCUUACGUCCGACCAGAAAGGCUGAGUCCAGUCAGCCAUGGAAACACAAUCGCCCUCUUCUUCCGAUCAUUAUUGCCAAAUUACACCACAGAGGGGGAGAGGCUGGAGGAAGGAGUGGCCGGGGGUCCGAACCGCAAUCAAGGCUUGAACAGGCUGAUGUUGGCCCUCCGUGACAUGAUGGCCAACUUCCACUUCAACGACCUGGAGGUGCCUCGGGAGGACAAUCCUGAGGGCGAGGGGGACUGGGACUGACUGUCCAGAUGCUGUGCCCAGAGCUGUGCAAUUAUGUUCCUGAUUCUUUCCUGGUUGGAAUUAAUCAGUUCCCUGAAGUAGAAAUGCUGACAUGUCAUCCACCCGUGUCUUUUGUUUUCCCUCUAAAUGUGAGUGGGGUAUGCUCUGCUGUGAGUGAGCUUUUCCUCCAGUGCCCUCAAAAGUAGUCCAGGAGCAGUGAGCCCCACACCUUAUACACCCUACCAUGUGCCUUACACUUUCAGAAUUUCUAGCAUAAUGCAUAGAAAGGGGUUUUCCUAGAAUCUUUAGUGCAAGGACCCCACAUGCUCCUUGCUGGGGGCACUGAACCUUCCACAAUGCUGCACCCAGCAUGUUUACAGUGAUGGGGAUCAAACCCAGGGCCUGGCACAUGAUCUACCAUUGAAUGAUAGUCCCAGCCUAGGGGUUUUCUUAGUAAACUUGGAGGGCUGGAGGUGUGUUUCAUUUGGGAGACUGCUUGUUAGCAUGCACAAAGCCCAGGAUUUGAUCCCCAGCACAACACAAACCAGGUGUGGUAGUGUUCAUCUGUAAUCUCCGUACUCAAGAGGUAGAGAGAGGGGCAAGAGGAUUAGAAAUGAAAGAUCACCCUCUGCUAUAUAGUGAGCUCAAAGCCAGCCUUAGUUACGUGAGACCCCAGCUCAAAAGAGAGGGUUGUGGCAUGCGGUGCCCAGAACUGAAAGAAAAGCCAAGAAGCAACUUUAAGGCAGAAAAUACAAGGAUUCUUUGCAGAAGUUAAAGUAUUUGAUCUAGGGAUGAGUGGGGAGCCCUGACCAAGAACCCCAGUCCAGUGGCAGGAACAGAGGCACAGCCAGGCAAGGCCGGUCCAUGUCUCAUAAGCUGUCUGAUUGUGGAAAGGUCCAGGCUACUGAGAUGUUGUAAGCCGUGUGAGGUAUCUCUCGGGCAGCCCUGCCCGUCUGUGUCUGUACAGAGACUGGGGAGGUACUGCCAUGGGCUCCAGUCUGAGAGAAGGCUGGAGAAGCCAUCCUAAGUCUUGGUCCAUUGAUUGCUUCCUGGGAGUUCAGACGUCACUGGAGCCAUGGUAUGGACGAGGUACAAAUAAGGCAUGCUUCAGGAAUGUCCUGAGGGCCAUCUAAAUGACUCUGUGAGUAAAGGUACUCGCUUCCAAGCCUGAUAACCGGAGUUCAAUCCCCAGGCCCCACAUGGUGGAUGGAGAGAGCUAACUCCU